CUACGUGACGCGGGUUCAUGUUGUGGGAAGCAACCAAUCAGGUGGCAGACAAGAAGAUGGCGAACUCGGAGAUGUGUGUCAGGAGCAGUCGAGAGUUAUGGACCAUCUUACUUGGCAGAUCUGCUUUGCGGGAGCCGGCUCAAAUCGAAGCAGAGUUGGACAGAAAUUGGGAGAGGUUACUGCAGGGAUUGAGUUACUACAAAGCACCAAGUUCAUCAUCAGCAGAUAAACUAAAAGCUGACAAAGAUGUUGCACAGACAUUGAAAGACUUUGGUCUAAGGAUCAGUAAAGUACUGGGUCUCAGCGAACAACAGAGUGUGCAUAUUCUGCAGUGUUACUUACAGGAAGACUACAGAGGGACUCGGAAUUCACUCAAGGCUGUCCUUCAAGAUGAGAGACAGAGCCAAGCCCUCAUUCUCAAAGUGGCAGACUAUUACUACGAGGAGCGCGUGUGUCUGCUGAGAUGUGUGCUCCUGCUGUUGACGUACUUCCAGGACGAACGUCACCCAUACCGGGCGGAGUACUCGAACUGCGUGAGCAAGUUGGAGAAGGACCUGGUGACCAACUACCAGAAGCAGUUUGAGACUCUCUUCAAAGCUGAGGCCCCGACAUGGGAGACCCACGGCAACCUCAUGACAGAGAGGCAGGUGUCUCGGUGGUUUCUACAGUGUCUGAGGGAGCAGUCUCUGCUGCUGGAGAUCCUCUUCCUGUACUACGCCUACUUCGAAAUGGGCCCCACCGACCUGCUCAGCUUCACCAAGAUGUUCAAGGAGCAGGGCUUUGGCCAGCGCCAGACCAACAGGCACCUGGUGGACAAGAGCAUGGAUGCCCUUGUCGACCGCAUAGGAUACUUCAGCUCUCUGAUCCUGGUGGAGGGGAUGGACAUCGACUUCCUGCACAAGUGCGCUCUGGAGGACCGCACCGAGCAGCACCAGUUCUCCAGCAGUCCUGUCAUCUGCAAGGAGAUGGACCAGCUGCUCCUCACGUUCGGGGACAUUCCUCACCACGGCCCGGUCCUGCUGGCCUGGGUCUUACUGAGGCACACGCUGAGCCCAGACGAGGCCAGCCCGGUGGUGCGGCGAAUAGGGAACACGGCGCUGCAGCUGGGGGUGUUCCAGUACCUCACCCCCAUGCUGCAGGGCCUCGGGGGCUCGGGCAACAACUGCACGGCCAGCACAGCCAGGAUGUGCAUCUACGGCCUCCUGUCCUUUGUUGUCACGUCCUUUGAGGAGGAGACUCUGGGCAGCCAGCAGCACCUGAUCAACGCGGCCUGCGAGGUCCUGUCUGCCCCCAGCCUGGCCGAGCUCUUCUGGGAAACGAAGCCCAACCUGGGUCUGGGGAUGGUCCUGGACAGUGCUGUAGGAAUGUUCCCUCAUAAGACUGGGCCACUGCUACAGCUGCUCACCGCUCUUCUCUCUGACAAGUCCACCGCUAAGAAGGUGUACACAUUCCUGGACAAGAUGUCCUUCUACACGGAGGUUUACAAGCAGAAGCCCAGUGACAUCCUCUCCAGAGAGGAUGAGACUCUGUGGAGGAGACAGACUCCCAAGCUGCUCUACCCUCUAGGUGUGGGCCAGACCAACCUGCGUGUGCCUCAGGGGGUUCUGGGCCAGGUGUGUGUGGGUGAGCAGGGCUACGUGGUCCGCUGGGACUACUCCUACAGCGCCUGGACCCUCUUCACUUGCGAGAUCGAGAUGCUGCUGCAUGUCGUCUCCACCGCAGAUGUGAUUAUGCACUGUGAGAGAGUGAAGCCCAUCCUGGACCUCAUCCAUAAGGUCAUCAGCACUGACUGGACUGUGUCUGACUGUCUCCUGCCUCUCACCUCACGCAUCUACAUGCUGCUGCAGAGGCUCACGUCAGUCAUCAACCCUCCGGUGGAGGUCAUCGCCUCCUGCGUCAACUGCCUCAUCGUCCUGGCGGCCAGGAUGCCCGGCAAGGUUUGGUCCAGUUUACACCACACGGGAUUCCUCCCUUUUGCCUCGUCCCCUCCAACCAACAUGGCACAGUCCAUCAGCGCGGAGGGGAUGAAAGCGGGUAACUACGGUAACCUGCUGGUCCUGAUCGAGCAGCCGAGGGGGGAGUACUCCGUCACCAUCGCCUUCCUCCGUCUCCUCACCACCCUCGUCAAGGGUCAGCUGGGCAGCACCCAGAGCAAAGGUCUGAUCCCCUGUGUGCUGCUGGUGCUCAAAGAGAUGCUGCCCACCUACCACAAGUGGCGCUACAACACCUACGGGGUCAGGGAGAGGAUAGGGUGCCUGAUCCUGGAGCUGGUCCACGCCAUCCUCAACCUGAGCCCGGAGGGAGAGGACCAGGGCAGCACCCCCACCCUGCAGUCCCUGUGCAUCUACAGCCUGGCCAACACAGAGGCCGGCCAGGCCGUGGUCAACAUCAUGGGCGUGGGGGUGGACACCAUCGACGUGGUUCUGGCUGCCCAGCCCAGCAGUGGUGGCUCUGAGAGCCCGGGUCAGAUCCUGAUCCAGACGGUGAAGCUGGCCUUCUCCGUCACCAACAACGUGAUCCGCCUGAAGCCCCCCUCCGACCUGGUGUCCCCCCUGGAGCAGGCGCUCACGCAGCACGGUGGCCACGGCAACAACCUCAUCUCCGUGCUGGCCAAGUACAUCUACCACAAGCACGACCCCGCGCUGCCUCGCCUCGCCAUCCAGCUGCUCAAGAGGCUGGCCACGGUGGCGCCCAUGUCCGUGUACGCCUGCCUGGGCAUCGACGCGGCCGCUAUCCGGGACGCCUUCCUCACGCGGCUCCAGAGCCGCACGGAGGACAUGAGGAUCAAGGUCAUGACCUUGGAGUUCCUCACUGUCGCCGUGGAGACGCAGCCCGGCCUCAUCGAGCUCUUCCUCAACCUGGAGGUCAAGGACGGCAGCGAGGGGUCAAAGGAGUUCCUGCUGGGAGAGUGGAGCUGUCUGCAGGUGGUUCUGGACCUGAUAGACUCUGGCCAGCGGGGGCAGUACUGGUGCCCCCCCCUGCUACAGCGAGCUGCCAUGGCCUUCCUGCACGCCCUCUGGCAGGACCGCCGCGACAGCGCCAUCUCCGUCUGCGCACCAAAGAAGUUUUGGGAGAACCUGACCACCCCCCUCUUUGCAUCGCUCCCCCCCCCCUCCGACAGCACUGAGCCCUGUGUGCUGGAGACGUGUGCCUUUGUCAUGAAGAUCAUCGGCCUGGAGAUCUACUACGUCGUCAGUGGCUCCCUGGAGCAGUCUCUGAAAGACGCGCUCCAGAAGUUCUCCAGCGGGCGGCGCUACGAGUUCUGGUCUCAGUACGUCAAGUCCCUGGUGGUGCAGGUAGCAGAGACGGAGGAGGAGGGGGUGCGGGCCUUCUCUGAGAUCCAGAUGCUCAUCUCAGCCUGGCGCAUGCUGCUCAUACUGUCCACCAGUCACUCAGAUGUGAUGCAGCUGACAGACGACUCCACCAAACUCAAGCUCUUCAUGGACGUCCUGGACGCCACCAAGGCUGCUCUGCUGGUGCCCUCCUCAGUGCCGUGUCUGCGUCUGGGCUCCAUGAUGGCCACGCUGCUCCUCAUUCUGCUCAAGCAGUGGAGAAGUCUGGUGGCGGGGGCCCCAGACGUGCUGUCCCCCCUGUCCCUGAUCCUGGAGAGUGUCCUGCAGGCCGACCAGCACCUGGUGGAGAGGACCAAGGCCAAGGUGUUCUCUGCCCUCAUAUCUGUCCUGCAGAUACAGGGGCUCAACGGUGGAGAGAUCUCCCAGCUGCCCCAGCUGCUGCUGUGUGUGUGCGAGACGGUGCAGGACGAGGCGCUGGCCUUGAUUGACAGCACGCGUCACAUGGCCACGCUGGGGGAGGGGCUGGAGGACAAGGACAGCAUGGAGACGGACAACCCCCGGAGCCUGCAGAAGGACCAGAGAGACGGGGUGUGUGUGCUCGGGCUCCACCUGGCUAAGGAGCUGUGUCGCGUGGACGAGGACGGGGAACACUGGGUUCUGGUGCUGAGGAAGGUUCCGGUUCUGCCCUCUGUCCUCAGUGCUCUGGAACUGAGCCUGCGCUGCAAACAGAACCUGUACUUCACAGAGGCUGUGCUGCACCUGCUGCUCACACUGGCCCGCACGCCCCAGGGGGCAGCAGCGGUGGCUGGAGCUGGAGUCAUCCAGAGUAUCUGCCUGCCUCUCCUCAGCGUCUACGAAGUCCACGCCAACGGAGCCUCCCAGGCGUUCUCCCGUAAGCCCCAGGACGCCCCCUGCUGGCCAGGUGUGUAUCGUCUCUGCAUGUCUCUGAUGGAGAGCCUGCUGAAGACCCUGCGCUACAACUUCAUCAACGAGGCUCUCGACUUCCUAGGAGUCCACCAGGAGCGCAUCCUGCAGUGUCUGAACGCGGUGCGUACGGUGCAGAGCCUGGUGUGUCUGGAUGAGGCUGACCACACGGUGGGCUUCCUGCUGCAGCUGUCCAGCUUCUCUAAGGAGUGGCAGUUCCACCUGCCCAAGCUGCUGCUGGACAUCCAGGUGAACCUGUGCUACCUGUGUCAGACCUGCACCUACCUCCUCCACAGCAAGAAGAUGCUGCACCACUACCUCCAGGCAAAGAACGGUGAGGCGCUCCCCCCCAACUCCCUCCCCCGACCCCAGCGUGCCCCCAACACCCCCUCCAAGCCGGCCCCCGGGGGAGGAGCCGCAACGGGGGGAGGGGAGAGGGAGGAGGUGGAGCAGAAGGCCGUGCUGGCAGUGCAGUGCAGCCUGCUGAAGAUCCUGUCUAAGACCCUGGCCACCCUGCAGCGCUUCACCCCCGACUGCUGUCAGAUCCUGCUGGACCAGUGUAUGGACCUGGCAGAGUACAGGACCCUCUUCGUCUUUAGCUUCACCAACCCGGCCUUCGACUCGGACGUGGCGCCCUCCUUCGGAACCCUGCUGGCCACCAUCAACGUGGCGCUAAGCAUGCUGGGAGAGGUGGAGAAGAAGGAGCCGGCCUCCCUGAGUGUGGCGUUCUUGGUCUCGUCUGAGGAGGUCCAGGCCCUGAAGUCCCUGCUGAUGUUCACCAUGGAGAACUGCUUCUACGUGUUGAUCUCCCAGGCGGUGCGCUGUCUGAAAGACCCCAGCGUCCCCCCCAGAGACAAGCAGAGGCAGAAGCAGGAGCUGAGCUCUGAGCUGAGCACCCUGCUGUCCAGCCUGUCCCGCCACUUUCGCCGGGGCUCCCCCUCCUCCCCGGCCGGCGGCCUGCUGCCCUCCCCCCAGACCAAGCCCUCCGCCUCGGGCUCCAAGGCCAGCCACGAGGGCCAGGAGCCGUUCAUCCAGCUGGUGCAGGCCUUCGUCAGACACAUUCAGGGAUAAGACCCGCCCGGAGAGCCCAAAGAACCAGGAACAAACGGAUACAAGGACCACACAGGAGCAAGAACAAGUCGGUGGGGUGAAAGGGUAUUUAAAAAUAAAAUAAAAAACAAGUACAAAUAAAAAAGGUGAGGAUGUAGAAUUCAAAGCCUAGACACACGGCUCGACAGCUGUCUUGAUGUGUAGCUCCGUUCCUGGGUGAGCCAAAGUACAGGCAGAGCGGUGACACGAGACACUCGCCUCCUCAAUUCUUACAAUGGAUGAAUCAUUGUAAGAAUGUGUACAACUAAGAACUUCCAAGUGCUAACAUAGACAUGGUGCUACUGUCUCCAUCAAACCUGAUAUUUGAAUGCAUCGUAAAUCCAGGCUCUGUGACUGGCUACCAGUUUGAGUGCCUGCACAGCGAUUGGUUACUUGUAUGUGUUCCUGCUCACUUAUCGGGUGCCAGUACACAGGCCACCUUAUGAAUGUUUAAUUGAUUUGAUUUUGCCAAACAAACAUAGUGGCGUGGGGACUUGAGAUUUAGCUCAGCUGGGCUAGUAAAUGAAUAGACCCUGAUCUCUGGAGCUCCAGUGGUUCCUCUCUGCCACAACCAACCAGUCUCUCUGAGGCCUGGUGCACGCAGACCAAAGUCUUCAGUAGGUAUCCAGAAAUGAAACCUAGCUAACUUAACAUGGGGAGUCUAUAAGGGAACCAGUCUGAGUUGUAAAAGAUCUCGGUGCUAUCGAAUGUGUUGUUUUUGACUCUCCACAGACCUAGUUUUAUAGGUCAACCUCAAAUUCCCUCAUGUGGUGCCAAGCAGAGGAAACUAAGCAUGUAGGAUGAUUAUUCUGUGAAGGGCACAUUAACCGAAUUUACAUUAUACAUGUUAUGUGACCUGUUAGGAUAGUUGACAAGCCUGCCUUAGGAAGUCAGUACUGGUAGUUACUCUCUAUUCUGAAUCUGUUUGCUACUUCUCUCUCUCCCGUGACUUUUAUAAUGUCUGGAUGGGGGGGUAUACUUUUGCUAUAUAUUCAACUCUAUUUUUAAACAUUCUCUUUUUGUGCUGUGAUGUUUUCAGCAAUUUUCUGAACUCCUCGCUUCCACCUGUUAAACGAUACAAUCGACUCCUUUCCAGCUGUUUAUACGUGACAUAGUGGUCAAGGUGUAUACCCCCUCCCUUCAUUGAAAAAAGAACACGUUUAUAUGAUAAUAAAGGAGCUUUUGUAGAAGUACCAGUGUAGCAUCGUACUUGCUUGAAUUGUUUUGGUUUGUGCAGUGCCAUAGUUUACAUACUACUAUUAGUGUGUGUAUUUUGUAAUUAAAGUAUGUAUAAGUCUA